AUGAAGACUACUCCAUUUGCUGGAAUGAAGACUACUCCAUCUGCUGGAAUGAUGACUACCCCAUCUGCUGGAAUAAAGACUACCCAAUCUGCUGGAAUGAAGACCACCCCAUCUGUUGGAAUAAUGACAACCCCAUCUGUUGGAAUACCGACUACCCCAUCUGCUGGAAUGAAGACUACCCCAUCUGCUGGAAUAAUGACUAACACUUCUAUUGGAAUAAGGACUACUCCAUCUGCUGGAAUACCGACUACCCCAUCUGCUGGAAUACAGACUACCCCAUCUGCUGGAAUGAAGACUACCCCAUCUGCUGGAAUAAUGACUAACACUUCUAUUGGAAUAAGGACUACUCCAUCCGCUGGAAUACCGACUACCCCAUCUGCUGGAAUACAGACUACCCCAUCUGCUGGAAUACCGACUAACCCAUCUGCUGAAAUAAGGACUACCCCAUCUGUUGGAAUACAAAUACAAACUACCCUAUCUGCUGGAAUACAGACUACUCCACCUACUGGAAUGAAGACUACUCCAUCUGCUGGAAUAAGGACUACCUCAUCUGCUGGAAUAAUAACUACCCAUCUGUUGGAAUAA